CGUUUAACAGCGAGAUAUUCGUAACGCUCAUUUAAUAGCGGUUAGCGUGUAGGCAAUCGGAAAUAUUGCGGCAUUAUCGGCAAUAGGGAUCACUCUAACUGCCGUGUUGGUUGUAUUUCGUUAGCAUGUUUAUUGUAUUUUAUUUUGUUUGCAAGCAACUUUGCAAAAAUAUUAUAUAUACAAAAAUACAUUUAAGAGCUCAUAAAAGAGUUGGUGCGGAGCAGAUGAUUUUUGUUUUGGCAGUGCUCCGUUCAGUGUAAUCAUUAUCAGUGUGCACAAUUAACCUGAACGAUCAGUGAUUGCAAUAUUCAAGUGCCGAAUAAUUUUAAAAUAAUUACCAACCAUUUGAUGGAUGGUUAGUCCCUUUCGAAGUACGCCACUACGCCACCGUAUAAAUAUUACAGCGCGAAUGGUACUUUUAACUUUCUGCUUUUUGUAAUUCUACGCUAUUGAUCGAACAGAGCAGAAUAUAGCAGGGGUUUCAACAUGGUUGCUAUUAACUCUUUGAUUAUACUGAUUUUCAGCAUUGCCUUCGAAGGCGCACUGGCUUGCAACGGUUACAAGGCAAGAAUUGUAAAAGCGGAAAAUUGUGCCGGACCUGACGCCAUUGUCAUGCUGGAUGAGGCUUUUGCUGUGAAACUUAAUAAAAAGUGUGAAAUUGUACCUACGGGCUGCGUCACGAACAAAGCCUUCAAUACAGCUGUAUCGAAGUUUAAAGUGCAAAAGGAUGGUGUUGUCCUAAAGGAAGGCAAAUUGGACCUUUGCUCUGCCGCGGAACAUGUUCCGAAUGAAGCAAAGGAUAUGUUAAAAUUAUUUGGUGCUCCAUCUAGUUGCCCAGUACCAGCGGAGAAAAUCUGUGCAAAUGAUCACCGCGUCGAUUUAUCCAAAUACAAAGCAAUGCUGAGCAUGGCUAAAGGCAAUAUUAUUAUCGAUUCGGAUAUUACACACGACACUGGUAAAUCAUGUUUCCACGUUGAGCUCGAAAUUUCAAAAAGCUAAGGCAGUUACAGUAGUGUAAUCAAAUAAGCAAAUAUUUAAUGCAAUUAUUGAUGUUAAUUAAAAAAAGUAUAUAUUAAUAAAUACAAGCAAUUUAAUAAA